AUGUCACUCAGAGAGUUCAACAAGAUCAGGAACACUGAACUGAUGAAAAAUGACUCCUCCACCCUGCAUGCCUACAGGGGGGAGGUCCUUCACCCUCUGGAAAAAGCUGGUCUGAAAUGCACUGUCAAUGAACAAACAAAAAACCUUAUGUUCUACAUUGUCCAGCCCAACUCUGAAUCCCUACUUGGCAUCAGUGCAUGCCACGACCUGGGUCUGGUUUAUUUCUGGCGUGCUGCCCGGCUGGCCUUGAAGGGCCCUCGCCAGGUGGGCGGGGACGACGACCCCGAGGUCAGGAGCUGGAGGGCGUCGGUCGCCCUGCUGUUCGCCGUCUCCGGGAGCUUCGUGGCGCUUCCCAUCACGGUGAUCCACGCCUGGGUCGGGGUGAGCGAGACGGUGAUGUUCCGCGGCACCCGCUCGCUGUACGCGGCCGUGCAAGUCGCGAUGCUGCUGAAGUGCCUCGGUUCCUGCACAAACACCUGUGUGUUCGCGCUCACCCAGAGCAGGUUCAGAACGCAGAUGAUCGCCCUGCUCACAUCCCCCUGCGCUGAACGUACAAACUCCGUCCCGUUGACCCCGCAGAAGAUGAUCAUGGAGUCGACCAGUGUGCUGAAGGCUUUGUCGGCGGGCCGAGUGGUGGUGGUGAAGAACCGGCAGCACAAUAAUGCUCUGGGGGUUAUCCUGCAGGUCUCCACGGACUCUGGUGGACGCACCUUCACCGCGCUGGUGCUGUGUGAGGCCCGGCGGGGGGCCGAUGAGGGGGAGGACGAUGGGGGGACGCUGGAGGAAGAACCCACAGCCCCCACCCCCGAACAGCUGCUGACCAACAAGCUCUUCCUGCCAGAGGGGCCCUGCGGCCACGCGGUGGUGAAGCUGACCCCAGCGGACAUCGGCAGCGUGACGGUCAAGACUCUCCGGAUCAACGCCGACAAGAUCAUCGACGACUUCAAGAAGCGGCAGAUCCCACGCUUCAGGAGCGAUGCCCCGGGCGCGUCGGUGACGGCAGCCACGCAGGAACUGGUGAGGUUGGCGGAGGGCAGCCCGGGCGGGGUGGCCAGCCUCGACCCCGUCAGCGAGUUGCAGCUCCGAGACCUGGAGCUGGUGGAGGUUUACAGCCGAGCUCGCCGGCUCGGGGAGGCCCUGAGCAGCUACAAGUGUGUACAUAGCCCCCGCUUCUCCAGCGAGUACACACGGAUACACGAGCGGAUGGUGAUCAAGGAUGAGCUGGAGCGACUGUGUUACCUGGUGUCAGACCAGAGCCUCCUGUUACUGCCAGAGUACCAGCAGCGCAUCCAGGUUCUGAAGCGUCUGCACUAUGUGGAUAGCAGCAGUGCGGUGCAGCUGAAGGGCCGAGUGGCCUGUGAGAUCAGCAGCCACGAGCUGCUGGUGACGGAGAUGGUGCUGGAGAACGUUCUGACGGAGCUGCAGCCCGAGGAGAUCGUGGCCCUGCUGUCCUGCAUGGUCUUCCCGCAGAAGAGCCAGCUGCAGCCGCAGCUCAGUGCAACGCUGCAGCAGGGCGUGGAGCGGAUCCGGGCGGUGGCCGAGCGGGUGACGGCGCUGCAGCGGGACUGCGGGGUGCGGGACACGGGCGAGGAUUACGUGGAGCAGCUGCGGUUCGGCCUGGUGCAUGUGGUGUAUGAGUGGGCCCGCGGCAUGCCGUUUGCCCAGAUCACGCGGCUGACGGACGUGCAGGAGGGGAUCAUCGUGCGCUGUAUCCAGCGGCUGAACGAGACGUGCCGGGACGUGCGCAGCGCCGCCCGCAUCAUCGGCGACCCCACGCUGCACGCCAAGAUGGAGCAGGCGUCGCAGCUGAUCAAGCGAGACAUCGUCUUCGCCGCCAGCCUGUACACCCAGUGAAUAAACAAGCUCGUCCACACA